GCAUGAUUGCUUAUGAGUUGGCAACAGAAAUAUACUGAACAUCACUGGAUAGAUUGAUGACCUGACUCAUGUACUGCUGGACAUCCAGACUUAAACCUUCUAUUGCUGAUGUGAUUUAUGCGGUUCUACUAUAUUAGUAUGUUUAUGAAAUAUCGUGUAUAUGGAUAUGCAGGAGUUACUUUUAGUGCUUAAUUGUAUAACCUUAAAUGUCAAAAUGAAGUUUAACAGAAACGUUUUUUUCUACAUAAUUAUUUACAAACCCGUUAUGACAAUGGAUGAUAUUUCUUCGAGAACUAGUGAUAUAUCUAUUGUAGACGAAGAGGCCCGCAGUGAAGCAAGCCACACAGGUACUUGCACAAAACAAUACAAGAUCAACUUGAUCAAAACAUGAAUUAUUAUUUUUAGGAAUAAAUCUGCCCUAUCACAACCACAACACAAGAUUUUCAGCAAAGUUCAGGAAAGCACUUUACGUAGACCUAAGUAGAAGCAGGAUUACUUCAGAACCACAGAAUACGACUUUCGAAGAAUUUUGGUCUCUGGUGAAGUAUAAAAGGAGAGACAGUGAUGGCUUUAGCAAAAGCAGCCGAGAGUUUAAUUUCGAUGAAGAUUACAGCUUGAGAUUGUGCAAAGACAAGAAAAUUAGUGACAUGCCUUCGUCUAGGAGGAUAUGCGGAGGUGGUCUUGAAAAUAGUUGGCUGAAAUAUGUUAUAGCAUUCUGUAUCGUAGGUGUGUCAUACACUCUUAUGAAUAACAUCACGACAAGUGAAACAGUGAGAGCCCUUUUCAGAGAACUGAGAACCUUUAAGGAGGAGAUCCAGACCGCAGACUACCCAAGCAAAAUGUACCGGAUAGAGAACACGCUGAUGAAUAUGAAACGAGAGCAAGAUCUUUAUAUGCGAAGUUUGAAUCACAAAAUCGUGGAAGCACUUGAGACGUACAGCUCGGACAAAACUGGAAGGGCAGACUAUGCUUUAGAAGCUGGCGGUGGAAAAGUCGUCAGUCUUCUGCAUGGCACAGAAAACUUUGAGAGAGCUAAAACCCUAUUUGGAAUUACGUUAUGUGAGGGGACACACGGUCCAGGAGCAAUGCUUCACGUUGACAUGUCGCCGGGUCACUGUUGGGCCAUCAAAGGCAGCCAGGGCGGAGCCAUCAUCAAACUUAUAGGAAGGGUCAAAGUAAACGCGGUCAGCAUGGAGCAUAUUUCAAAAAACAUUUCACCGACUGGCGAAGUUUCAUCGGCACCUAAGGAAUUCGGUGUUUGGGGAAUGAGAAACGCCAAAGACAGGGGCGUUAGGCUCGGUACGUUUACUUACGAUUCUGAAGGUGGUCUUGUGCAAACGUUUUCGAUUGCGAAUGACUACUAUUUUGACCAUGUUCAGCUAGAAAUCCUGUCUAACCAAGGAAAUCCCGAAUACACUUGCAUAUACAGGUUUAGAGUUCAUGGUGAGCUGGAAAGGGGAUCUUUGGGCCCUUGAAGUAUAUUUUGAAUUUUACACCUCUAUUUUAUUUUUUGCUUAACGUUGUAUAUUUUUUUAUUAUAUUAAAACACAUCAGGGCUGA